CGCGGUGGUCCAAGUCUGUGACACGGUGCUCGCUUUUACUUCGCUACCUCUGGAUUUAUAGAGCCGCACCGUUGUUGUCGCCUCGAAGGCGGAGGAGUAAACACCAUGGUGGGAGUGGAGCGCAGGUCUGAACAAGAGAGGCUGUGAUCCCUCCCGCGAUCGGUCGACAAAGAGGCCGACGGCCAGACGCAUCGAGACUUUUGGAGGAGAAGAAGAAGGAGGAGGAGGAGGAGGAGAAGAAUGGCUCGCAGUGUUAACUUUGACCUGAACCACUCUCUCAUGGAAGCUGGACUGGAGAGUCCAGUAGACGAGGACGUCGUCCACGACUCGUUCAGCCAGCUGAUCGCAGAGCAGAGUCAGAGCGGAGGACCGUCCGACGCCUUCGAGCUGCGGCAGCUGCAGAGACGGCUGGACGAGGAGGAUCGAGACAACGUCGCCCACCUGUCCAGCCCUGACCAUAAGUUAGGGGAAUGGAGGCACAGACGAAGGGACGUGGAAUGGGAGGAUGAUGAAAGACAGGGAGAACCCCUCAUCGGGGAACGUUGGUCCUCGGCAACCAUGAGGGUCCUGUCCUCCAUGCCCAGUCGCACAAUCGGUCGCAGCAGGGGCGCCAUCAUCUCUCAGUACUACAACAGGACCAUGCAGCUCCGGAGACGCAGGCAGAGCCGACCGGCCAUCCGAGACUUCUCUCGCUCGGCCAGACCGAGCAUCCGAGGCUACGGCAUGGAGGCGGACUGCAUGGAGGCGGACAGCACGGACGCCGAGGGGGCCGAGGUGAGUAAGAGGGAACGUUUGGUGAACAACCUGCAGAACCUGUCGGUGAGCGACCGAGUCGGGAUGCUGCGAGCGAUGCCUCUCAACGUGGCCGAGAAGAGUGAACUCAGGAGGUUAGCGUUACAAAAAGAGAAAAGCACCAUAUCUGGCAGUCAAAUCCCCUGUUGCAGUCGACUCAAAUAUUACAUCAUCAUCGGUGCCCGACAGAGUUGGUACAGCUGGCUGUCCUUCCUGCACUCCCUCCAGCUGUGGCAGCUGCCGCUGAAGAGAGUGAGCGGGCGCUUCGGCACCGGCGUCCUCUCGUACUUCCUGUUCCUCAAGACCCUGCUCUACUUCAACUUCUUCCUGUUCCUGGUGACGGGUGCCUUCUUGGUGCUGCCUCAGGCAGUGCACCCUCCGGUGCCGCCCGCGGAGAGAAGCUCCUUCUCCGGACUGGAGCUCCUCACCGGAGCGGGCUACUUCUCCGACACAGUGAUGUAUUAUGGGUACUACUGCAACUACACACUGGGUUGGAGCUGCAUGGAGGCCGAUGGAGGGCAGAACGCGUCUUCGUCCAACGGAACCAGGACGGACUGCGUGUCGGACCACCUCUCUUACAGCAUGCCGCUUGCAUACUUUUUCACCAUCGGAGUGUCUUUCUUCAUCACAUGUAUCAUUCUUGUGUACAGCAUGUCAAAGUCGUUUGGUAAGAGCUUCCGAAUCGACAAAUCUCACAGUAUUUUGGCCAUGAAGGUCCUGAGCUCCUGGGACUUCAAGGUCAUAAAGAAAUCGUCCAUCAAACUCAUGUCUGAGAAUAUCUGCACCCAGCUCAAGGAGCUGCUGGCGGAGGUCAAUCACAAGCAUGUCAAGAACACUCGGUGCCAGAAACUGUGGAGGCUGAUGGUUCACGGCCUGGCGUGGGCGAUCUGCAUAGCGAGCACCACCGCCUGUGUGCUCGCCAUUUACUACUUCUCUGGUCACAUGCAUCAGACGCAAAGCUCCCGUAGUGCCGCCGAGCACCCCCUGGUGAGAGAGGCCGGCCUGCUGGCUCUCCCCGUGGUGGUCUCCCUCAUCAACCUGCUGCUGCCCGGCCUCUUCAACCUCGCAGCCUGGAUGGAGGACUACGACUCGCCGACCGUACGCACAUACGUCUCCAUCGGCAGAAACUUGAUGUUGAAAGUCAGCGUGCUCGGAGUCCUGUGCUACCACUGGCUCGGUCGGGUGGCUGGCGACCCCGAAAUGAUUGGACUGAAGUGUUGGGAAAGUUUCGUCGGCCAGGAGCUUUAUCGCUUCCUCCUGAUGGAGUUCAUCUUCACUCUACUGGACACCUUGUUUGGAGAGUUUCUUUGGAGGUUGUUUUCUGAGAAGGUGCUGAAGAGGAGGAGGAAGCCAGUGUUUGAUAUCGCCAAGAACGUCCUGGAGCUCAUCUAUGGACAGACGUUGGCCUGGUUGGGUGUUCUCUUCACUCCUCUCCUCCCCGCGGUGCAGAUGUUCAAACUCCUGCUGCUGUUCUACAUUAAAAUGAGCAGCGUGAUGAUGAACUGUCAGUCCCCCAGGAAGCCGUACAGAGUGAGCCAGAUGACCACCGUCUUCAUCACUCUCCUCUGCUUCCCCUCCUUCCUCGGCGCCUCUGUGUGUGUCACAUACACCAUGUGGAGCCUCAAGCCCUCCUCGUCGUGCGGUCCGUUCCGCGACCUCAAAACAAUGUUCCAGGCGGGGAAGCGAUGGGUGGAAGCUCUGGAGAAAGAUAAUCCCAACCUGUCGGUGUUGGCCCGGGCUCACUCCUACCUGGUGGAAAACCCCUUCUUCCUGUUUGUGGGAGCAGCCAUCUUCCUGAUCGUCAUCUACUUCCACAGUCAGGUGGUGGACGGUCAAAGGAAGAUCAUCGGAUUACUUCAGGAGCAGAUAGAAAACGAGGGAGAGGACAAGAAGUUUCUGAUCACUCGUCUCCAGUCCAUCCACGAGCAGAAACGAACGCCUGCUCGAAGACUCGCCAGUCAGGACUCCGGCUGUUGAGAUCCCGACCUCCAGGAGACAAACCUGCUCAAUUCUAUGAGCACUGAGAUCUGGAGACAUUUUUAAACCAUCAUGGAUAUAUAUAUAUAUCAAUGGAACGGACAACUGUAUACGACCGAGUCCACAUUAUUUAAAUUUUUUAAAAUGUGGCUAGGAUUUAACUGGCCCGAGUGUUUGUAAGUGAGGCAAAACAAACCAAAUGGAAACAUCCGGUGAAACAAAGCUGAUGAAACUCAAACUGUAGGAAGUUAAACGUUUCAGACGGUAUAACUACAAUCAUAAGUUCACAUGGACUUCAGUCAUCUCUCGUAAAAGCACUUUCAUAUCAACUGUGAACAAAUACUUUUUAUUAUUAUUUCUUGUGCAAAAAACUGUGUUUUCUACAACUUUUAAUGCUUUACAUUUUUUUUUAAAUAAUGUUAUUAGUAUGUAUGGUGUACGUUAGGAAAGGUUUGGAUGUUGUGGAUGUGAGUAUGAUCAUACGGAAAAUGAAUUAUUGUUCCUUCAUUUUUGUCCUGCUCCUUUUGGGGAGACGACUGCCACUGUAUUGUCAUACUGCAGUAAUUAAAUUAUGUUUUAUCAUAUCAGCACAAA